AAGUAAAAUAAAGACGAGAUUUUCAUUCAUAAGCCUAUGAAAUGGGCGAAGCUCAAUACGCAAUGUAGCUCAAAGACGUGAGCAAGGGCCUAGGGUCUAAAAUGAAAGAAGUAAAAUUUACAAUGGGUUAAUUUAUUAAUAAAGCUAAUUAAGUGGAUCAAUUGCAAGAAGUAAACUUGUUGACUAAUCAGCCGACCCCUAACUUCCAAGUGCAACAUUUCAAGCGCCUUGUACAAGAGCUCCAAUCUCUUCCAUUUUAAUUCGUAUCGAAAUCCACUCACUCCGCCGCCACCGGCGACUCUGCUCCGCUCCAUCUCUUUCUCCGGCGACGUCUUCUACUUGGUUAUUUCGUAAGUCAAUUAGGUGCUCAAUGAAGUCCUAUAGGUUAUCAGAGCUUUCAGCUUCUGAGGUUGACAGCCUCAAAGCUCGUCCCCGCAUUGAUUUCUCCUCCAUUUUCAGCACAGUUCAACCCAUUGUUGAUGAUGUUCGUAAUAGAGGUGAUGCUGCAGUUAAAGAUUACACUUCACGGUUCGACAAAGUUGUACUGGAUAAGAUAGUUGAAGAUGUCAAUGAGCUUCCAGAUCCUGAGCUUGAUUCAGCUGUUCGAGAAGCAUUUGAUGUGGCAUAUAACAACAUACAUGCCUUUCAUGCUGCUCAAAAGCCUGUUGAGAAAGUUGUGGAGAACAUGCAUGGUGUAAGAUGUAAGCGUGUGGCUAGGAGCAUUGCCUCUGUAGGGCUUUAUGUUCCCGGUGGAACUGCUGUUUUACCUUCAACAGCUCUGAUGCUUUCAGUUCCAGCACAAAUUGCUGGGUGUAAAACUGUUGUACUUGCAACUCCACCUUCUCGGGAUGGCAGCAUUUGCAAGGAAGUGCUUUAUUGUGCCAAGAAAGCAGGUGUGACCCACAUCCUUAAAGCUGGAGGUGCUCAGGCAAUUUCUGCUAUGGCCUGGGGCACUGAAUCCUGCCCAAAGGUUGAGAAGAUAUAUGGGCCUGGGAACCAGUAUGUCACCGCUGCAAAAAUGAUUCUGCAGAACAGCGAAGCUAUGGUUUCAAUCGACAUGCCAGCUGGGCCUUCAGAAGUCCUUGUUAUAGCUGACAAGCAUUCCAGUCCUGUCCAUGUGGCAGCAGAUUUACUUUCACAGGCAGAGCAUGGGCCAGAUAGCCAAGUCGUACUGGUUAUUGCUGGGGAUGGUGUUGAUCUAAAUGCUAUUCAAGAGGAAAUUAGGAAGCAGUGCCAAGCCCUUCCAAGGGGAGAAUUUGCACUUCAGGCACUUAGCCACAGCUUCACUGUGUUAGCACAGGAUAUGCUUGAGGCAAUUUCCUUCUCAAACAUGUAUGCACCUGAGCAUCUGAUAAUCAAUGUGAAUGAAGCUGAGAAGUGGGAAAGUUUAAUUGAGAAUGCAGGUUCUGUAUUUAUGGGACAGUGGACACCUGAGAGUGUAGGAGAUUAUGCAAGUGGAACUAACCAUGUUCUGCCAACUUACGGGUAUGCACGGAUGUAUGGUGGGGUCUCUUUAGACUCUUUCUUGAAAUACAUUACUGUGCAGUCUUUAACAGAAGAAGGGCUGAGGAAUCUUGGCCCCUAUGUGGAGAAAAUGGCCGAAGUUGAGGGUUUGGAUGCCCACAAGAGGGCUGUUACCCUCAGACUACAGGACAUAGAAGCAAGGCAAAUAUCAAACUCAAGAUGAUACCAUAUGUGGAUCCCAUUUUUAUUCGUAAAAGAAUAAAUAUUGAGCAAUUCACUCGUCAUGCAAAUCUAAGGUAGUUUAUAGUUUGUUGCGGAGCUCUAUAAAAAGAAGUAACGAUAAUGAGUACCAAUGGAUUAGCGACUUCAUCUGCUGUAUUUGUUGGAACAGAUUUAAACCAGAUAUCUGAAAAGAUGUUUUCAUCAAAUCAAGCAGUACUAGAUUUGAGAUCUGUAUCUUAAUUGGGCUUUUGCCAUGUUUUGUAAUAAAAGUUGUAAUGCAGCAAACUUGUAAUAUUUUGGAUUAGAUGUAAUUGUGGCGGUGACAAAAUAUUGCUCUUUUGGCUACAGAUAAUGAAGAGCUAAAAUCUCUGAUUUCAUUUAA